AGGAAGAGGAGCAGGAGGAGGGAGGAAGAGGCGGAGCGGCAGCGGGAAGCUGGAAGAGAGGAGGAGAGGCGGGAUCACGCGGCUCCAGCGCUCGCUGAACUCGCAGCCCCCCGGGACCAUCGCCCCCCAUCCCGCAGACCAGGACUUCCCAUUCCCAAAUCUUGGCCGGAUGGAGGAGGAGGCUGUGAGGAAGAGGAGGAUGCCCCGGGACACCUAGGCAGACAACGAGCUGAGGACAGAGCCCAGGGAGGACAAAUCCCUGCAGCAGAACCUGGUGGAAGAGGCCAUUUUGAGCAGCUCCACGGCGCAGGAAUCCAGUGGGGAGGAAAAUGCCCCAGAGAUGCCGCAGGAGGAGGGGCUGCAAACGCAGCCCAGGGUGCUCUGAGGAGGAAAGACCCAUUCUGUGCCAGGAAAGCGGCUGGAGAUCGAGCCAGAGCUCAGACCUGGUGGUCCAUGAGCAGCUUCACACUGAGGAGAAGCCCUACAAGUGCCUGGAGUGUGGGAAGAGCUUCAGGACAAGCUCCAACCUGAUCCACCACCAAAUGAUCCACACUGGGAAACGGCCCUCUGAGUGUGGGGAAUAUGGGAAGGGCUUCAGAGAGCGCUCCCUCUCCAGCUCCAGCCUGAUCGUCCACCAAAGGAGCCACACGGGAGGGAGGCCCUAUGAGUGUUCCGAGUGUGGGAAGAGGUUUCAGACCAGCUCCAGUCUCCUCCUGCACCAGCGGAUUCACACAGAGGAGAGGCCCUUCCGCUGCCCCGACUGCAGGAAGGGCUUCAAGCAAAACUCCCACUUCGUCAGGCACCGGCGCAUCCACGCCGGGGAGAGGCCCUACGAGUGUCCUGAGUGUGGGAAGAGCUUCUCCAGGAGCUCUCACUUGAGCAGACACCAACGGAGGCACCGGUAAGGGAAGCCCUGCGAGUGCCCCGAGUGCAGGAAGAGCUUCAUCCUCUACUCCAACUUCAUCCCCCAGCAGAGGACCCACGUUUGGCAGAGCCCUGCUGACCCACAUUCUCCGUGAUCCAGUUUGGGAAAACCCCAGGCUGGUGCUCUCCAGGUGCCCUCCAGGUGCCCUCCUGGAUCCCCGUAGGCACCUGGGUGAACACAGGGGCUGGAACAUCGAUCAAGACUCUGAUCGAAAUCAGAAAUUCAUUGGGAAGAGCUGAUUUGUUGACUUUACGGCCCAAAAAUUCUCACCUGCUCUGUCCAGUUGUUUCUUCUGGUGGCAUCCAGCAAUCCUGGAUGAUCUUGGAGGUCUUUUUCAACCUAAAUAGUUUCCUCUCUCAUCCUGUCAAAACAACCAAAAUUGGGGUAGAAAUAAAGAAAUUCAACAAAGGUA